AUGUGGAGUAUUUCGAAUGCUGACAAGGAAUUGCCAUCUGCGCUACUAACCAUUGAGCUUACAUCUCAGCAACAUACUGAUCUGGGCACUGGCCAUCAAGACCCCGGUCUCAACUCUGGCUGGCCACCUCUGGCCGAAGAGUACUACCGAGAAUUAAUGCACUCGGAAGGUAUGGGAUGGGAUGGGAGCUACACCGUUAACAGCUCAAUUCUGAAGGCGGUCGCAGUGCUCAAAAUCCCAUGCUGA